CGGCGGCCGGCUCUUUUCGCGCGGGAAAAGAAAGUAAGCGGCAGCCGGGAGGCGCAAGCCCGUGGACCCCCGCCCCAGGCACGGCGGCGAUGGGGCUCCUGGAGCGCUGCAGGGAGGAGUUCGGCACUACCAACCUGUACGAAGUGCUGGGCGUGCGGCCGAAGGCUUCCCAAGGCGAGAUCCGGCGCAGCUACCACAAAGUGUCCCUGCGGGUCCACCCAGACCGGGUGGACGAGGCCGGCCGGAAGAAGGCCACCCGGCAGUUCCAGAUCCUGGGCCAAGUCUACGCUAUCCUGAGCGACCCUGAGAAGCGGGAUCUGUAUGAUGAGCAGGGUUUGGUGGACGAAGAGGGGGAAGGGCCGGACCGGGACUGGCUGAGCUACUGGCGGCUGCUCUUCAGGAAGAUAACCUUAGAUGACAUUAAGACCUUUGAAGAAAAGUACAUUGGUUCUGAAGAAGAGCUAGUUGAUAUUAAACAAGCUUAUGUGGACUUCAAGGGCGAUAUGGAUCAAAUCAUGGAGUCUCUAUUAUGUGCAGAAUACACUUCAGAACCCAGAAUCCGGGCCAUUAUACAACAGGCCAUUGAUUCUGAAGAAGUUCCACCCUUUAAAGCUUUCCUCAAGGAGUCAAAGCAAAAGAUGAAUGCAAGGAAAAGAAGGGCUCAAGAAGAAGCCAGAGAAGCAGAAAAGACCAGAAAGGAGCUGGGCCUGGGGGAAGGACCAGGUGACUUAAAAGCACUUAUCCAGGGCAGACGAAACAAUCGGGAAAAAGAAAUGGAUGAUUUUCUGGCCCAGGUGGAAGCAAAGUAUCGCAACUCGUCCAAAAAAGGAAAAAAAACACCUUCCAAGAAAGGAAAAAAAUAAUGAAGUCGAUGGUUUUGUUUCUUCUGUAGGCCUUCCAUUUAAUUGGAACUUAUCCACUUACCUGGAUUAAAAUUAGUAAAACCUUUAGUAUUGGGAAAAAUGGUCCCCUCUGGCAUAGACUGUCCAGAUCAGUGACUAUCUCGUGAAUAAUUUAUUCAUCACUUGCUUCAGCUCACUUUCAUUUGUUAUACAUAUUUACUGGCAAUUAUCUAUUGUUUUUGUGAAAUUUCUCUCCUUGGAAGAAUUUAGUUUUCAGGGAAUAUAUGUCUUAUUUUCACAAGCAUUACACAAAAGGAGUACUAGACAAAUACUAUCAAAAAAGGAUAUAAAGACUUCUAGCAGAGCUCACUUGACGGGUAAUAAUGCUAUUAUUAACCACUAAACUACUCACUGGUGAGGACAUUUUAAUUCUUAAAUCAGCUACUGAACAGCUUAAUUCUUUGUUCUUGUUUCCUUGCUAAGUUUGUUUUCAUUUAUUUAUAUAGUAAGCAAGAUUAGUUUUAUAUUUUGCACUCUGGUGCUGGCAAAAAUUUCAAGAAUUUUCAUUAAAAAGAAAAAAAACUUGCAUACAAUAAAAUAGUCAAAUAUUUCA